AUGGCUGUCGCUCUUUUCACAAUCACCUCGCUAAGAGAGGAGGUAAUCGAUUUCACCAUUCCUUUCAGAGAGGGAAGCACAGGUAUUCUCACCCUCUCUCCGGGCUAUCAGACCAACAAAAGUCUGUUCCAGAUUCUAAAGCCCUACUCCGUACCCGUGUGGAUCUGUGUCCUUGGCUCCGUGUUUGUCGUCGGUGUCGCCUCCUUCCUACUUAACAGAUUUACGCCAUUCCAGAGGAAACAGGAAACUCAUCCUUCUGGGGCAAGGUACGAGUCUAGCCUCGAGGACAAUAUGUGGAUGGUGUACAGCUCAGUCACCGAGCAAGGUAUCCUACACAGUCCAGAAGCCGUUUCCGGCCGCUGUCUGAUUGGAUUUUGGUGGCUGUUCACCAUCCUGUUGGUGGCCACCUACACCGCCAACCUGGCCGCUUUCCUCACAGUAUCUCUACCAGCACCGCCCAUUAACACGCUGGGGGAGCUUCUGGCUCAGGAGGAAAUACAACCUUUAGUGAGGACUGGAACAAGCUUUGAUGAUGUCUUCAAGGAAUCCUCGUCAAAGUUAUACCAGGAAAUGUGGAGACGACUAAAGCUCUCCCCUCAACUGUCGACAACCUCUGAGCUUAUUGAGCUGGUUGAGACGGGGAAAUACGCUCUUUUGGGAGACAAACCCGUGUAUGAUUACAUAGCGACCAAUAGCUGCAAUCAGUUUUCUGUGGCUACCGAAAGUUUUGAUUCUGUAGGGUACGGGAUUGUCCUUCCACAGGGAGCAGCCUACUUACGGACCGUCAAUCAUCUAAUACAGAAGAUGCACGAGUCGGGAUUACUACAAAGGUGGAGAAAAAAGUGGGGGAGUCCACCCAAACAGUGUCGUGUCCCUUCUCCUGACUCCGCUAAUAACCUGGAACUGGACAGUGUGGGUGGAUUGUUCUUCGCUUACGUUGGUAUCAUCGCCUUGGCCUGCCUAUCUGUCAUCGUAGAGAUCACAGCAACGAGUCAUCGCUAA